ACACAAAGCUAGGUUGGCAAUUAGUUCCUCUCAUUUCUACUAACAUUAUUUGUUUAUUUUAUUUACUCAAAUAAAUGUACUAACUUAAAGCCAUGAAUAUGUAUAAACUUGUUAUAGGCUUCAUCUUUUCUCAAGUCACUCUCUAUAUGUGUUUCAACAAACUGAUUCGUUUAUUCUACCUCCCUAUAUUUGUUCAUCACACCUAUAUAUUUGUUCCACUCUUCUAUCUCCUCACUCAUCCAUCUCUUUAUCUCUGCCUUUCUCGUGCUUUCAAUUGAUCAAGAAGCUAGCUCUGAGCUAAUAUAAUGGCUGGUUCGUGUAGCUCGAGUAAUACUUCUCACCAUGUUUAUAAAUGUCUUGUUUUUGUCUUUCUUGCUAUGCAAUUCCUCCCAUCGGAUGCAGCUGUGAAGAAGUAUCAAUUCGAUGUUCAAGUGAAGAAUGUGAGCAGGCUAUGCCAUGCAAAGCCUAUAGUGACCGUGAAUGGAAUGUAUCCUGGACCAACUAUUUAUGCUAGAGAAGGGGAUAGAGUUAUGGUUAAGGUUACUAACCAUGCACAGUAUAACAUGUCUAUUCACUGGCAUGGACUGAAACAAUAUAGAAAUGGUUGGGCUGACGGACCAGCAUACAUAACUCAAUGUCCAAUUCAGACUGGGAAUAGCUACACCUAUGACUUCAACGUUACAGGACAAAGAGGAACACUAUGGUGGCAUGCACAUAUUUCAUGGCUAAGGGCGACUGUUUAUGGUGCCAUUGUCAUCAUGCCAAAAGAAGGGACUCCAUAUCCAUUUCCUCAACCUCACAUCGAAGCAAACCUAGUCUUAGGGGAAUGGUGGAAUGCUGAUGUUGAGAUGCUUCUCAAACAAGGGGAUCAAAAGGGUUUGCCACCAAACAUAUCAGAUGCUCACACUAUUAAUGGAAAGCCAGGACCUUUAUUCCCUUGCUCAGAGAAGAACACUUAUGCAUUGGAGGUUGAACAAGGAAAGACUUACCUCCUUCGAAUCAUCAAUGCUGCCCUCAACGAUGAGCUAUUCUUUGGAAUUGCAGGCCACUCCAUGACUGUGGUGGAAAUAGAUGCUGUCUAUGUCAAACCAUUCACAACUAAGUCCAUCCUCAUCGCUCCAGGCCAAACCACUAACGUGUUAGUCCGAGCAAAUCAAACACCUAACCGUUACUUUAUGGCCACAAGAACCUUCAUGGACGUACCCAUCCCAGUAGACAACAAGACUGCCACAGCAAUCUUCCAAUACAAAGGCGUCCCAAACACCAUCAUCCCUUCCUUACCUCAACUUCCCUCACCAAAUGACACCUCGUUUGCAUUAUCCUACAACAGGAAGCUCAGAAGCCUAAACACCCCUCAGUUUCCUGCCAAGGUACCUUUGAAAGUUGACCGAAAGCUCUUCUUUACAAUCGGAUUAGGGGUGAACCCAUGCCCUACAUGUGUCAACGGGACUCGUUUUACAGCCUCAUUGAACAACAUUACCUUUGUCAUGCCAAAGACUGCGCUCUUACAAGCACACUACUUCAACAUGUCAGGAGUGUUCAGGACUGACUUCCCGGACAAGCCUCCUACCUCAUUUAACUACACUGGAGCUCCAUUGACUGCUAACCUUAGGACGGUCCAAUCAGCAAUCCCAAGGAUUAGCAAGAUUGCUUUCAACUCAACUGUUGAGCUGGUUUUGCAGGACACCAAUUUGCUUUCAGUAGAGUCUCAUCCUUUCCAUCUUCAUGGAUACAACUUCUUUGUGGUUGGUACCGGGGUUGGUAACUUUGAUCCCAUUAAGGACCCGGCUAAAUUUAACUUGGUUGAUCCCCCUGAGAGGAAUACUGUAGGUGUUCCUACCGGAGGUUGGACAGCUAUCAGAUUCAGAGCCGAUAACCCAGGAGUAUGGUUCAUGCAUUGUCAUUUGGAGCUUCAUACGGGUUGGGGACUAAAAAUUGCGUUUAUGGUUGAAGACGGACCAGGGCCAGAGUACUCUGUAUUGCCUCCACCUAAAGAUCUUCCACAUUGCUAAUUCUUCAACUUCGUAAAAUGGCUUAUGGUUGUAUAUAAUACAUGCAUUUUUUUCAUUCAAUUCGUUUCUCUUCUUUCCUGGUAGUAAAAAUUGUACGAGGAACGGGAAAUAGUUGUGGAUGGAUCGAGCUUUAAGGAAAUUUGAAUUGAUGAAUAUUACUUGCAGGAAUUUGUAACAUACGCUCAAAUGUAAUAGAACUUUCUACAAGUUUGGAAAUGAGUACAUAUUAUACAGUACAAUUUUCCACAUAGCUU